UUCAUAAUUUAUAUUUUCUCGGAGAAUUUUUCCAAUUAUUUUUUCUUCCCCAAACAUAAAAAUAUAUUUUUGUUCUUCGAUUUCUCAGUUUUUUUUUAACAUCACAAAACUUUUAUGGACUUUCAACGUUUGAGGAUCAAAAGUGUGGACGAUGACGAUGCAUUCGGCAGUGGCCGGUCCUAUGUACCGCGGAAUACCUCCUUCUAUUCCGAUUCGGACCAUAGUGGUUCGAUUUCGGUGCGUGAUAUGAUUCGACACUACGAUGGUAAUACAAGAAACGCCAUCAACAACAACAACAAUGUGUCCCGCAGACAAAGUCACACAACGCUCCAUAGUCGCAGGCCAUCUUUCGGUGGUCUAGUUUCACCUGCCAAACCGCGAUCUCAACCCAAUAUGUUGGCGGUGGCCGAUGAGAACAUCGGUGCCAACCUCAUUACCAAUGGAAGAUGCUGCAAGAAUUGUAUAGCUUGUCAGUGCUGUCAGAAUCGAAACCUUAAAAGUUCUGCUGCCAUCCAAAAGUUUCGUAGCUCUGAAACCAUCACUGACCCACAUAGCAAUGAUGCUCUUGCGGCUGCAGGGAAUUCUAGCCAGACUGACAUGCAGAAGAGUCUAGAAUACAAGAAAACACCCGAGUUCGUUGCAUCAAUACCACCAGCAUCCGCCCAACCACCAAAUCCCUUGCGUACCGUUAUGUCGAUGAAGAAUCGCUUAGUGUCGCCGUCAAACGAUAACAUUGGGGAAGUUACUUGUCAUCCGAUCGAAACAUCCUAUCAAAGUAAGACCACAAUUGCCAAGACAGCCACAGGUGUGCGCAUCAUCAUCGACAUAUUCUUUGAUCCAGAACAGCAGUGUGUGAACGCCAGCGAUAUUUUGGGUAGCCGUGUGGAAACCGAUAUACCACAGAGUCGUAUCUUGGAUGAGUUUCAGCAACAAGUAAAUGCGGCCGCUGCCACAGCCAGGGCAACAGCAACAACACCAACAAGAUGCAAUUGAUUCGCCAUGGAACGGAAAGAAGUCUGACACAAGUAGGUGACUGACUAUUCUACUUAUUUUGUUUUUUUGGUUGCCACUGUAUUCGGAAACAGUUUGAGGCGAAUUGAGAUACGAUCUGUGGUAAUAUUCAACUAUAUCCGUUUACACAUUUUUGUAUUUGUAUUAACCCAAUUGCAUACGUGUGUGUGUGUGCGUAUACACAUGCGUUUUAUGCAUGCCAAUAAAUACUUUUGGGGAAUAAAAAUGA